AUGAUCUCACAGAAAACGAAUCCUUCCUUGACGGCGAAGAAGGUAGAAGAUCCACCAACCAAAGAGUUGGACGAAACCAAUGACGAGCUCCAAAAAGAAAACGAAAACGAAGUUACGCCAACCGUUUACCCGUUGCGAACGCUCUUGGGUUUCAUUGGCACUCAGGUCAUGAUCGUUUCCAUUAUUGGAACCACCGACGCUGUAGCAGCCGCCACGUGCGCAUGCCUCCGUGAUACUGAGCAAGAUGCCUUUUGCCACGAGACGGGCAACGCUACGUUUUCUCUUCCUGCCGACGGAUCGCUCCGAGUUGACGAAUGGAACCCGUAUGUCAUUACUUCGUGGGCCGGCAAUAAUAAGAUCCAAGAUGCCUUUGCCGAUUGCCCUGUGGACGCAACGUUGCGGGAAUGCAGCCGCACCAAAUUUUGCUGCUACGCGUACGUUGGAAGUCUCUUGGGCGAAGAAGACAAGGACAAGUGGCACACCAUGAGUCCUUUUGAUCCGUGUCCUGACUAUGCUCAAUGGCUCGAUACGAUUGCUUUGAGUGUCUACGGUGUCUUACUCUCGUAUCUCAUUUUGAAUCCCUUGGUAAAAUACAUGCUGGCCCGCGAAUCGAGACGAUGCAAUCCGUGUGCGUACUGCUUGAUUUUUCUGCAAACCUUGUGGGGCGUCACGUCGUUGGUGGUGUACUCGGAAACAAGCCAAGAUUUGGGCAUUUCUCAGACGGCGUAUACUUCAGUCUUGACCAAUGUUGCCUUGGGUAUCUUUGUCACGUCGAUUGCCAUUGGCAUGGUGCUGGAAACCAUGGUCUAUCCCCUCCUUGUUGCCUGCUGUACGUGUAAAAAGAGUGGCGGAGAAGAGAAUGGUCAACCGGAUACGGAACCAGAACGCGAGGAUCUGGAUAACAGCAUUGAACAUUUUUAUUAA